CGAGAGUCUUUCAAUUCGUUCAUAAGCCCUAUUCAGAGAACAAGGGAGAGUGUGUAAAACAGAGUUCGUCAAUUACUUCACAGAUUCCAUCCAUGGCGCUUAUCGGAUCCGGCUUAGCUAGCGAGGUUGGGUUACGUGUAUUGCUUUCUCCACUUGGUUCCAACAUCGUACUUCGUACAGCAUGCUGUUCUGUUGGCAUCGGGUUGCCUGUAUACUCCACUUUCAAGGCCAUUGAAAAUAGAGAUCAAAACGAACAACAUAAAUGGCUUGUUUACUGGGCAGCUUAUGGUUCUUUCAGCCUUGUUGAAGUGUUCACGGACAAACUCAUCUCUUGGUUUCCGCUUUACUAUCAUGUGAAGUUUGCGUUCCUCGUCUGGCUUCAACUUCCCACCGUAGAUGGAGCGAAACAAAUAUAUAACAACCACCUUCGCCCUUUCCUAACACGACACCAAGCUAGAUUGGAUGGACUCGUGAAUGGAGUGUAUGAUCAAAUGGGCAAGGUCAUUAGUUCACACCAAGGAGAGAUACGUUUUGUGCGAUCAAUGAUUGUCAAACUCUUGGGAUCAGUCAAUGAAGUUGCAUCACCGAGCCAACGACAAGGAGAAAUCCCAAACCGUAGCACUGAACCGGAAUCUGAAUCCGAUCAUGAAGACUAAUAAAAACAACAAAUGUAGUCAUAGCUUUGCAGCUUUUACACACUUCUGUCAAAACGAUUGUAAUGGUCACGUAAAUCUCAAAUAACUUUUAAGACUGGUAAACAAAUAAGUGUUGAAAAAUCUUAA